UUUUCACGUCCCCGGUUCGAACCUUAAAGGUUUCAUUUUUUUCUUCAAUCUUUCACUUUCUUCGCCGACGUUUCUCUUUUGGCCGGAGCAGUGACCCUUCUGUCGUUGGUUUACAGGAAGAAAGCAAAAAUAUGGACUUUGAUGAUGAAGACAGGCCAAAGGAGGUUGUUAAAACCCGUAGAUUCGCACCUGGCCGUGCCGGGAAGGCUAAACCGAAGCCUAAACCGGAAGCCCCUGUAGCUAAACCGGAACAGCCGGCGCCGCAGUCACAAGAAACUGAGUCUGUGAGCAAGAGUGAGCAUGACGUUGAUGCUAAGUCCACUGGUACUAAGGUUGAACCUGAGGUGUAUAAUGGUCCUGUGAAAAUGGAGGUUGAUUCAAAAGUGGAUAAAGAGCCGGAGAUGACGGAAACUGACUUCAUUGUGGAAGAUCAGCUUCCAUUGCAGGAGGAGAAAGAGGAGGAAGAAGAAGAAGAAGAUGUUGUUGUUCGUGAAAUCGACGUUUUCUUCAAACCGUCUAUUGAUGCUGAUACUCAGCUUUAUGUUCUACAAUAUCCUCUAAGACCAUCUUGGCGUCCAUAUGAAAUGGAUGAACGAUGUGAAGAAGUUAGAGUGAAUCCUUCUACAUCGCAAGUGGAAAUAGAUUUGUCUAUGGAUGUUCAUUCGAAGAACUAUGACUCUAAGUUUGGAGUAAAUGUGACUAAGCAAACCUUGAAAACAACGUGGAAGCAGCCUCCUACCUUGGAUUAUGCUGUUGGGGUUCUCUCAGGUGAUAAGUUACACUUGAAUCCUGUUCAUGCUGUUGCUCAGCUCCGACCGUCUAUGGAUUAUCUUUCAUCUGACGGCAAAAAGAAAAAAGCAGAAUCCACUGAAGAAUCUGCUGGAACAUCCAAAAAACAGAACAAGGGAGCCCAAGCUUCGAUGGAUCAGAAACCGAUUAAUGAAGAUAAUUGGGUUGCACUCAAUUAUCAUGGACUUCAAUCUGAAUAUUGCUCCAGAUAUCUCAAUGGGAUGAUCGCAAAUGGAAACUCUUCGUUAGAUUUCAAUAUGAGCCUGGACGUUUAUAUCAAUGAACUGUGCCAUGGAGGAAGCAACAGAAACACUGAAUCGAAAGAAACGAUGAAAAGGGUCUUGCUCUCCCUGCCACUUAAAGAACGUGUGCAAAAGUUGCUCUGUGAGGGAUCUGCGCUGCUUCGAUACAGUGUUCUUAAGCAUUAUGCCUCUGAGUUCUCGGACGAGGAUUUCUUAGAGGCCCUCCAAGAAUUUGGCUGGUUAGUUCAAGGUUUGUGGACUCCCAAAACUAGUUUACUAAAACUAGACGGGCCGGUAGGAGCUUCCAGGGAUUAUGUCCUGUGUUUGUUCAGCAAGAAUACAACUAUAAAGUACUCUGAAAUUGAAGCGAUGGGUCGCCUUAAGGAGACUGCAAAAGCUAUUCUGCCUGCAUUUGCCAAACAAAGGCCUCUACUAAACGAUUGGAAGUUCAAAGAGCCCACUGAUGUAUCAUUCAUAAAAUCAUACCCGGUGAUUGUUGAGGAGCAAGAUUCCUUUCAUACUGAAAGGAAAAAGAACCUAGAGUCAAUGAUGUCCACCCAAGGAGGAAAAAGCAGAGUUGAUAACAGGAGGAAUAUUGUUGGCAAAAAUUCAUCAGUUACAGUUAAACCAGAGGUUCCAACAACCCUCUCUGACAAAGGAGGAAGUUCAAGAAAUACGAUACCUCGUGUUGUUAGACAAGAAAUGUCAAAUGAACUUCGGGGGGCAUUACCAAAGGCCUUAAAAAAGGUGUUUCAAACUCACAAAGUUUGCAGGUACGAGACAAUCUGCCAAGGACUUAGGGAUCUUGCAGUUUUGACAUCGAAUAAUCCAAAAGCUGAUUCAGGCAUGGCAGUGAAUGUGGCUUUAGCUGUAGAUGCUCACCAAGACGAGCUCAAAGAUGUUAUAAGUGAAGUGGCUGUUGACAUUCACGGCUCUUUUGUCUCCUUGUCGUCUCCAGACCAUCCCGAAUAUGAUCCUUUGAGGGAAGUGGUGAUUUCCCUCUUCCGCGGAUCUCCACCUGGAACAAAGCUUAUGAAGGCUGAUGUAUUUGCAGCAGGGAGGAACAAGCUUGAACGUGAAAUCACCAACAACGAAUACAUAAAGGUGAUGCACGAGCUCUGUCAAACCAACUCUUCAGGAUGGAUUUUACAGAAAGCUCGAUGAUGAUGAUGACUUAUCAUCGCUCACAAAUCAUUAUGACUAGAUUGAAAAUUAGAGAAAAGGUUUUAAGGUUCUAUAAAUUUUGAUAUAUCCUGAGAAUUCAUUUUGUAAACAGUUCAGUACUUUUGAGAGUUUAAGUAUCUUAUUUUUUUCCUUUUCCA